ACACAUACACACGAAUUACACCCGGUGAGCGAAAGAGAAGAACUCAGUGGGAUGUGUGCUGCGGGGGUGGGGUAAGGUUUGGAACGGCGCCUCCUCUGCCAUUUCCAGGGAGAACAUACCGAAUAGUUAAGAUCAGUAUUCAGAUUAAACCACCUCGUCAAGUUUUAGAGAAACUUUGUCUGAACAAGUUUGUCAGAAGCGGGGUCCUCGGGCCAGCGGUCCAGGGAGGAAGACCCGCGUGCCAGGACUCUCAGGCUUUGUGAGAGUCCUGCACUUAGGACUGCAGAGAAGCAGCCUUUUACCCGAAAAAUGUGGGUCUGUAAGUCAGCCGCAUCCAUCACCAGCGUUAACGAGCGGCCGCCCAGCCCAGUCCACCAGCCCCCAGCUCCCGGCUGUGUGUGCAGCUAACUCCCUGCCUGGCUUGCUGGCGAAGAGUCCCUUGGCCUCCGGGUGAGCACACAUCAACUUGCUCGGCCCUCCUCUUUAAAUAUAUUCAUUCGGUGUCUUAUUUAAUCCAGAUGCACAAAAAGCCAUUUACUGCUGCAUUGUUGGUUUACAUUUUUUUUUUUUUUUGAAAAGGCGACUGGUGUAACCUGUGGAAUUUGAAAUGCAAAUAAAAGCCUGUGGGAGUUGAGGCAGAACAAAUCGGCACUUAUAAAUGAAAAAGAUUUAAUGUCUUUGAAAUCAUUGCAGGAGGAAAAAAAAAAACUGGAGGGGAGUGCUAACCCCCCCAGAGUGGAUUGUGACGUCAGGUCUUUUUGGAAUAGAUGUUAUUUUUAAGGUCCUGAAGCCCGGGUAUGUGAAGUGCUUGACAGGAAAAACAGAUUACAAGAUUAACAUCUGUUAACAUGAUCGUUUAUCUCCAGCCAAAAAUAGGUCAGUUCUUUCUUAAGGAAACAAGCUUGCUUCACCAUGCUUAAAUAAUAAAAUAACGACUCUAAACAUUAGGGACGAACAUUGGCUAUAAUAUGACACCUGAGAACAUUUUUAAAUUAUUAAAUCACUCAACGGCCAAAGUCCUUUUUGGGGUGUUGAGAACAACUCUACCCUGAGUCUACCCGCCCCAUGACUCCCCCUCCGUCUUCCUCGGGGCUCCCUGCUCCCGCUGCCCGUUUUCCUUUUCGUCCAUUGUGGAAGCAAAGGAUUUAUUUAAAUGGAAUCCUCUGACUCGGGCCUCGUUAGGGAGACUAACUCUGCAUAGAUGGCUAACUUUCAGAGCUCUGCUGUUGUUUUACCAUUAAAUGGAACGACAGGGAGGGGAGAGAGAGAGAGAAAAAAGAAACUGCCUUGCAAUUUCUCCCAGCCCCCUGGGUGUGAGUGACGGCUGGGUCGGCCAAUCCGCAGCAGCUUUCUCUAUCCCGGAGGUAAUUUGGGGUGUGUGUGUGUGUGGGAGCGCGCGCCGCGCGCGCCCGCGCCCGUGUGUCGGCACAGUGCGGCCAGCCGCGCGCAUCCGCAGGCUCCCGCAUUUGCACAGAUGUGUGCUGUAGACGUGGACACGCUUUUAUCCAAGUCUGUCCAGCUAGAUGCGCACGCAGCAGGCCAAGUGGAGACCCUGCCCCCUCCCAGCGUCUUCCUGUGAAGACUGGGCAGUAGAGACACUUUCGGAUUCAAGCCGAAACCCGCCGCUCGGGAAGGAGAGAGGAAAGACUGAUAACACUUCUCGGCCAUUGGGGACUCGGGAGCGGCUCCACCCGCCUGGUCCAGGCGCCGGUGGGGGCGCGCUGCAGCCGCUGGCCGGUGGCAAAUGUGCAGAGGUUGUGGGUUGCUGAAAAAGACGUUAAGUCCCUGUAAAAGUGAAGGGCGCCGUUCGUCUUCCAACUUCCAAUUGCAUUUUCUCACGGGGAGAGAUACUUAGGCCAUGGUAAAUUCUGGAAGGCGAGCCGCUCUCGGAGAAUGAAAGUUCUGGUGUUCGCCGGUCCUGCCCGCGCUGCGCCCUGGCUGCGUCCUCUCCGCACAAUGGGUACAUUCACGGGCAGGGUGUCCCGGGCCACACCGCGCUGCCUGCAGUCUGAAUCCGCUGCACUCUUCUCAGGAACAUCCCUGGCGACGGAUGGGUGACUUAGUGCCACACUCACUUGGGGACUUGAACGCGCUGGACCUGGCCGCCUAGUUCGCGUUUGGGGAGCUGGGUGGGCUGCCUCGCGAUUCACGAGUGGCAGUGGGGAUGAUGCGGUGUUGGGUUAAAUUCACGCGUGAGCGUCCCUCCCCUUGGCGGUCAGCCCUGCGGUGCCACAGACCUCGGAAGGCACAGUGUCCACACCCGGUGCGCAGUGUCUGGCUACACCGAGGUCACCUCGAGGCCGCCCCCGCCCCGAGAUUUCCAACUCGGUCACUAGGUGUUGCCAGUCCGCGUGUGCCCUCCUACGCGGGCCGUAUCCACCCAACCGGAUCGCCACCCCUCUGGGCCGGCCCUCGCUCCAAUCUCGGCGCGCCCGCGGCUUGAGGAAUGGGUGCUUGCUGCCGUCUGCUGCAUCACGGAACAUGCACCCGCUGGUCAGAAGUACCUCUCUGCCCGCUGGGCGGCAGGGGCCCCUCUGAAAAUGGCGAUAUAAGACACAGCUUCGGGCCCUCACGACACAAGGCUUUGCGUGACACCACGUCGUCCCGAUGGACCACAGCAGAGAGGCUGAGAUGGAGCUGAGGAGAGGACCCAGCCCACCCAGGGCCGGCAGGAGCCACGAGGUGGACGGGGACAAGGCUGCCUGCCACAGCUGCUGCAUCUGUGGCAAGAGCUUUCCCUUCCAGAGCUCCCUGUCACAGCACAUGCGCAAGCACACGGGGGAGAAGCCCUACAAGUGCCCCUACUGUGACCACAGGGCUUCCCAGAAGGGCAACCUCAAGAUUCACAUCCGCAGCCACCGGACAGGGACUUUGAUCCAGGGGCACGAGCCGGAGGCCGGCGAGGCGCAGCUGGGUGAGAUGCGCGUCUCCGAGGGCCCGGAUGGGUGUGCCAGCCCCACCAAGAGCACCUCGGCCUGCAACCGCAUGCUCAACGGGGCCGUGCAGGUGGACGGCAGCAAGAUCCUGCUGAGGAGCAGCCGCAAGGAGGUGGAGGUGAUGGCAGGCGCCCAGGAAGACGCGGAGGCCGCUGUGCAGUGCCCCUUCUGCAAGAGCCGGUUCCCGCGCCAGAAGGACCUGGAGCUGCACGUGCACCAAGCGCACAAGCCCUUCAAGUGCAGGCUGUGCAGCUACGUCGCCCUGCGGGAGGAGUCGCUGCUGAGCCACGUCGAGAGGGAGCACAUCACAGCCCAGGUGCCCAAUGGCGGCGAGGCCUGCGUGGAGAACGGCAAACCCGAGCUGAGCCCCGGCGAGUUCCCGUGCGAGGUGUGUGGCCAGGCCUUCAGCCAGACCUGGUUCCUCAAGGCUCACAUGAAGAAGCACCGAGGCUCCUUUGACCACGGCUGCCACAUCUGCGGCCGGAGAUUCAAAGAGCCGUGGUUCCUCAAGAACCACAUGAAGGCGCACGGCCCCAAGGCGGGAAGCAAGAACAGGCCUAAGAGCGAGCUGGACCCCAUCGCCACCAUCAACAACGUGGUUCAGGAGGAGGUCAUCGUCGCCGGCCUGUCCCUCUACGAGGUCUGCACAAAGUGCGGGAACCUGUUUACAAACCUGGACAGCUUGAACGCCCAUAACGCCAUACACCGGAAAGUUGAAGCAAGCCGGACUCGAGCCCCGGCUGAGGAGGGGGACGCGGAGGGCCCCCUGGACAGUAAGCAGCUCUUCUUACAGUGCCUGAACCUGACACCGUGCGUGGCUGGUGAUGUUUCCCCCAGUGGGCAGUCUGGGCGGCGGGUGCCCGAGCUGGACCCCGUGAACAGCUAUCAGGCCUGGCAGCUGGCCACCAGGGGCAAGGUGGCUGAGCCGGCUGAGUACCUCAAGUACGGGACCUGGGAUGAAGCGCUGGCAGGGGACGUAGCCUUUGACAAGGACAAGCGUGAGUACAUACUGGUGAGCCAGGAGAAACGCAAGCGUGAACAGGACGCCCCUUCUACCCAGGGCCCCCCCAGGAAGAGGGCCAGUGUCCCUGGGGACCCCAUGCUUCCCGGCCACCUGGACCCCCGGCCUGCCUCGCGCCCCAGCCGCAGGGCCGCGGCCACCACUGGCCAGGGCAAGUCCUCCGAGUGCUUCGAGUGCGGCAAGAUCUUCCGCACCUACCACCAGAUGGUGCUCCACUCCCGCGUGCACCGCCGUGCUCGCCGAGACAGGGACCUCGAAGGGGACAGGGCGGUGCGGGCCCGCUGCGGUUCCCUCAGCGAGGGUGACUCCACGUCCCAGCCAAGCAGCCCCGGCUCGGCCUGCGCCAUCGCCGACUCCCCAGGCCAGAGCUCUGGCCUGGCCGAGGAGGUGGUGGAUGAUAGCGGUGAGGAGGCUGUGCCCGAGCCCAUAGCAGGGGGCCAGCCACGUCACCGAUGCUCGUCGGGAGAGGUGGCACCCACCGCGCUCUCCAACGGAGACCAGAGUCACAGACUUGGGAAUAGCCUGCCAGAGAAAGACCUCAGCGAGCCCAAGGUGGGGAUUGCCACGCCGUCUAUGUCCAUACUUGAAAACAGCAGCAGAGAGACUGCCAAAGGUCCUGAGCAGCAUAGAUUCUUUCUUGACUUAAAGAUGCCAGCAUUUCGCCCCAAGCAGGAGGUGCCCAGCACUGUUGAUCGGGUAGACUUCCCUUCAGGCAUGGAGAUAGCUAGCCUGCAGCUCACCGUGGACAGCCAGGCUGGGCAUCCGAAAGAAAAGCUGUCUGGUGUGCACAGGGAGCACUGUGGGGCAGGGAAGCGGCCCUCCGCCCCUGACCUGGCCCCACUGGACUUGAGCAUGAGGUCCAGCCGGGAUGACCCCAGCAGUAAGGAAGCAUCCUCCCUGCAGGCGGCCCUGGUCAUUCACCCGUGUCCUUACUGUAACCACAAGACCUACUACCCCGAGGUCCUGUGGAUGCACAAGCGCAUCUGGCACAGGGUCAGCUGCAGCUCUGUAGCACCUCCUUGGACUCAGCCUAACGGCCACAAGAGCAUUCGCAGCAGCCUGGUUUUCCUUGCUCGCAGUGGGCGCACAGGCCCUCCGCCUGCUCUUGGGGGCAAGGAGUGCCAGCCCCUGCUCCUUGCUCGCUUUACACGCACCCAGGUGCCAGGUGGGGUACCAGGAUCAAAGGGCAGCUCUUCUCCCCUUGGGGUGACCGCAAAAGCCGCUAGCAUGCCUAAGAAUAAGGAGAGCCACUCCGGGGGCCCCUGUGCUCUGUGGGCCUCUGGCCCUGAUGGAUAUCGACAGACCAGAGCUGGCCAUGGCCAGGAGCCUUCUAGUGCUGCAGUGCAGGGACCCCUGGCCAAACCCAAACAGGAGGCCAGCUCCAAGUUGGCACCUUCCCCAAGCAUCGGGGGCCUCAGCAGAAGUGCCACCCCCACACCCUCAGUCAUAACCCGUGUUGGUGCACAACCCUCAGCCAAUAGCAAGUCCGUGGAGAAACUCGGGGUCCCUGCAGCGGGGCCUGGCUUUGCCCCUUCGAAUAAGCACAGUGCCCCAGACUCUCUGAAAGCCAAAUUCAGCCCUCAGCCUCAGGGUCAGCCUCCUGCGAAAGGCGAAGGAGGCUCUCCUCUACCUCCCCGAGAAGGCCCUGCAAAGGUGGCCCAGGAGCCGAGAACUCUAGCCACCUGUGCGGCAGGAUCCAGAGGGGACACGGCCUCGCAGGCUCCACCUGGUGCACCCCCCACCAUACACUCCAUCAAGCAGGAGCCGGCAGCUGAAGGGCAGGAGAAACGCUUGGACAUCCUCAGUAUCUUUAAGACGUACAUUCCAAAGGACUUCGCCACACUCUACCAGGGGUGGGGCGUCAGCAGCCCCGCGCCUGAGCACCGAGCGACACCUCGGACACAGGCCCGCCAGGGAGACUUUGUCUGUGUGGAGUGCGGCAAGAGUUUCCACCAGCCCAGCCAACUCAGGGCCCACCUUCGGGCACACACAGGGGAGAGACCACACUACCCCAGGGACUGUGCCAGCGGGGCCUCUCCGAAAGGGGACCUAGAGACACGCCUCCAGCGCUCGCCCUGUGGUGGUGGUGGUGACUGUGGCCUCACGGGCGACUGGAAGGCUCCCGGCAGUGACCAUGGCCACCUUGGGGAAGAAGAGCCAGGGUCUCCUGACCACAUACCUUAGACUCGGGAGCUUCUGCGCUAGAGCAGACCGAGGGAGACGCCUCCCUUGGCAACAGUAGGGACAGCGAAGAUGCUAUGCCUAGAAUUCUGUGUAGCUCUUUCACACACAUGUAUGUGCUCAUCAACCGCGGCCUGUGUUCCCUCAUGAUAAGCAGUGGUGUUGGCAGGCACAGUGGGAGCUCAAGGCAUCUGUGUUACUCAAGACAGGCGUGAGACACUGGAAAAGAGAUACUGGUGUGUUUUGGAUGGAUCGAAGAGCUGAGCACUGUCUGGGGAGGUGAUGCUGUUGGGGCGAGGGGUGGAGAGGUCUGCCCUGCUGCCUUUCCCUGCCUCAGUGGGUAUUUAAAGUAGCAGGUAAGACGGGGCUGUGUUCGGGCGCUGCAGAGGUCAGGCUUGGGAAGGCAGAGGGAUGAUGAGGUAGAGUCUCACGGGUCGGAGGUCUUGCCAUAACCCCCUCUGAGCCACUCACGUCACCCUCAUGCCCACUGUGUUUUCACCCUGCGGGCUGUGUCUGGCGCAGGAAACACGGCGGAGAUGGGAACACACAUAAGUCUGCUUUGGAAGAGAAACGUUAGUUGAACACUAAGAAGAGCGGGCAUCUUUGUUUAUUCUCAGGACCUUUUUGUAACAGGGCUACAUUCUGCAAACUGCUCACACGAGAAGACUACACGUCUUAACAGACAAGCCACUGAAUCCUCCCAACCUGGGCCUGUUUUAGUGAUGGCGCAAGAAUCCUUGAGCAGAUGGGGGGCCCUAGAUUAUUAGGGUGCUAGUGCUCUGGAGCCUUCUCUCUCCUCCUCCCCACCCCACCCUUUCCCCAGCAAAUAGGUGUCUCUCCCCUUGGGCCUGGCAACCCAUUGGACAAGUGACUUUGUUCACAGAUCGGUGGGCGCGCCAGGCCUGAGGGCAAGGACGGCUUUAUAUACCUCUUCCUUAGUCACGCAAGUUCACGUUUCUGCGGUGGGGUGAAGGCCCUAGCAGAGGCUCUGAACCCACGCAGCGUGCGUGGUCGGAACUGUACUCCGCAGGUAG